AUGAAUUUUCUCUCUUACAAUGUUUGUGGGUUGAGCAGUUUCUUAAAGCGGAAACAGUUGGGUUCGUUAAUUAGGAAAGAUUGUUUUGAUGUUUGUCUGCUUCAAGAAAGAAAACUGAGUCAGUUAUCUGCUAUAUCAGUGUUUGAAUUAUGGGGAGGAACAAAUGUUGAGUGGACUUUUAAACCCUUUAUUGGAGAUUCUGGUGGUAUGUUACUUCUUUGGAAACAAGGUUUUUUUCCUUCUUGCUUCAGUUUUACAGGUGAAGGGUUUGUGGGUGUGGGUGGUUUUUGGAAAAACUCUUUGGUUUAUGUGGUGAAUGUUUACUCCUCUUGUUUUUAUGCUAAGAAGAGAAGUUUGUGGAGGUAUUUGGAGGAGAUCGAGAAGAGGUUCCUGGUAGAGGGGUGGAUUUUAGUGGAUGACUUUAAUACGGUGAGAUAA